AGCGGCGCGGCCCCGUCCCUGCCGCGGGAGCGGGCCCGGCGCGGCGCGGCGAAGUCUCACUGCUUGACUGCUUUUGACUCCUUGUGGGAAUGCAGUAGUGGUUAUAUGAAUGGCAGAUGACAUGGUUGAUAUCAACUCAUGCCUUUAAAUACCUGGGAAGAGAAAGUGGGUUCCAGAGCAAAAGACUCCAGGACAUUUCAACUAAUUGCUUCAGCUGGGGUCUGACUGGCCCAGAGUGGAGGAAGGAGGACACAAGAAGUCUCAACAGUCAGUUCAAACACGUAUCAGUUUCUUCAAAUGCAAUGACUCAGCAGCCACAGGAUGAAUUUGACAGUAGCGUGGAGAAUGCAGAAGCUUGGAUGAAGGCCAUCCAAGAGAGGCUGAGGAUCAAUGACAACACCAAGGGACCUCGAUCAGCCCUAGAAGCCAGACUGAGAGAGACUGAGAAAAUACGCGAGCUGGAGCCAGAAGGCAGCUUGAAAAUGGACUUGAUUCUUGUGAAGGCAGAUGCUGCUCUCCGCAGCGUCAGUGAGGAUAAGAAACAUGAGGUACUGUCUAAACUGAAAGACAUUAAGGCCUUAUGGGAAGAGACAGCCAUAUACAUUACUCACUGCCACAGCCGUAUUGAGUGGGUCUGGCUGCACUGGAGUGAGUACCUGAAAGCCCAAGAUGAGUUUUACGCAUGGAUUCACAGUAUGAGGGUGACCUUGGAGCCUGACAUUGAGUUGCAGCUUGGCUUAAAGGAGAAGCAGUGGCAGCUGAGCCACGCUCAGGUUCUGCUGAACGACGUCUUAAAUCAGUCAGUCCUGCUGGAAAGGCUGCUAGAGGAAGCUGCUUCCUUGUUCAACAGGAUAGGUGACCCCAGCGUUGAUGAAGAUGCUCAGAAGAAGAUGAGGGUGGAAUAUGAAGGAAUCAAGGAAGAAGCUCAGACCAGAGUGAAACUGCUUGAAAAGAUAACCAAAGAACAUGAGCGGUACAGCGCUAACGUCAACCAGUUUCAGUUGUGGCUGAAUGGUGUGACAGAAAGAUUAAAUGACUGCGUUAGAGAAACAACCAAGUCUUCAGCAAAGGACAAGUUAAAGGCACUACAGGAAAUUGCCAAAAACAUUAGGAGUGGUGGAAAGAAGUGGAAGCAUCUUGAAAAUCAGUGUGCAGAUGUGAUUCAGAAUACCUCCCCACUGGGAGCUGAGAGAAUGAAGGAUGAACUCGAAGAGCUGCGAAAAGCCUUGGAGAAGCUGAAACUACUGUGUAAUGAGGAGGAGGAUAGAUUGCUCAAGGUCCUACAGUCAGAAGGUGCCUAUGAGUCCCAAGCCAGACAGUUAGAAGCAGACGUCCAGGAAUUCAGAAAAGGUCUACAGAAACUAGAAAACAACUUGGACCCUGGGGUGGGGGAGAAGAGUGAAGAUGAGUUUGUAGCUCUGUGGAGAAAAUGCAAUGCAACAAGAGCGUCUCUGGCUGCGGAAGAGUCCAAGGUUGAGAGGCUGAAAGCUCAGCUUAAGGAACUGCUACGUUUUUCCCAAGAUGUACAGCCGCACACUGAGAGUGUUGUCUCUGCAAUACAGGAGUAUCAAAGUGUUAGAGGGAAGACAUCUAAAAUGAGCGCUGAUACGGAAGGUCAACUGAGGCAGCUUUUUCAAAACCCUCUGCAAGAUUUUGAACAGUGGAAGCCAUCAGUCAAGAUGCUCCUGGACACUCCAGAGCCAGCGCUGGCUCAGAUUGAGGCUGCUCUAGCUGAAAGCUCCCAACUCAAAGAUAAGUUGAUGACAUUACAGCUGAAGAAAGAUUUGCUAAACAAUAUCCUUGGUGAGGAAAAAGCAAAGUCUUUUCUGAUGGAAGUAGCUGAAGCUUCAAAGGAGAGAGAAAUUCUACAUAAAAGUCUGCUGCAAAGCAAGCGCAAGCUGCAGAAUUUGAUAUUGCAACAUAAGGACUUCGAUGCUGGUUUUGCACCUUUGCAGAAGAAAUUAUCUGCAAUCAAGGCCAAAGUUGAUCUAGAGAAUGAACCACAGCCUGACCUGUUAAGUAAAAAGACACAACUCCAGAGACUCCAGAUGCUCCAAGAUGAUUUGGCAGAGCUUGCAAUUCAAAUGGAAGAGGUAGAGAAGCUUGUUCAGUCAAAUACCACACAUAGACAUGAAAUGAACCAGCUUUCAUCUGACUCUCAGGCCCUGAAGAGAUCAUUGGAGAUGAUGAUACAGCAGAGUGAGGAGCACAUUCAGAAGUACUGGGCGUUUAGUGACAAACUCUCUGACCUCCAGCAGUGGAUCGCAAUAACCACCGAGAAACUAGACUCUUACCAGCAUGCUGAUGGGGAGCAGAGCAUCGAGGGCAGGGUGGCAGACCUUAAGAGAUUGCUAGCUGAGUUUCCAGAUAAGGAGAUCCAGCUGCACCUUGUGGAAGCUCAUGGCCAGCUAGUCAUGGAGAAAUCUUCCCCAGAGGAGACUGCCCAUAUCCAGGCAGAGCUAAAUCAACUGAAGGAGUCCUGGAGCCCACUCAGAGAUGUGGCAAACAACCUUCUCAAACAAUGGCAGUUAAAUAGACCAGUGACUGAUAAGAAGAAGAAAAUAGCUUUUGUGGACAGCAGACAAAAGUCUGGAAUAGCCUUCCGUCCUGUGGGUGUAGAUUCCAGUCACAAGCAGGAAAGGAUAGGAGAAUGGCGAAAUAAGAGCAGCCACCUUAAGCUCUUACGUGACUUUGAAGAGUGGUUACAAGGAGAAAACACCAAACUGACCGAAAUUCUUGCUCUGCAGUCAUCUUCUGUGGAGGAAAUUAAGGCUCGAUACAACAAGCUGGAGGAGCUCCAGUCUCAUGUUCCUGAUGGUCAGCGUCGCUUUGAAGACCUUCUUCGUCUUCAUCCUGUUAUUGGAAGCUCUGAAGAUCUGGAGGACUUGCGUUACCGAUGGAUGCUCUACAAAUCUAAACUGAAAGAGUCCUUCAGUUUGCCGACUCCUAGGUCUUUGGAAGGACCAGACAGAUUCAGAAAGAAACACUCUGGAGGUGUGUGCGCUUUCCUGCGUCGAGUGUGCUGGGCAGCACUGCCUUUGCAGCUACUCCUCCUGCUCCUCCUGCUCCUCGCCUUUCUUCUCCCCGUGAUAGAAGAGACCCAUAGCUGCAAGCUGGCCAACAACUUUGCUCGAUCCUUCAACCUGAUGCUGAGAUACGAAGGCCCACCUCCAACCUAACUUCUCCACAUGGCAAAGGUGAUGGUCUCAGAAACACAGACUGCUCCUCUCUUGGUUUUUAACAAUAGCAAUUAUUGUAGAUAUUAGGGCUUCCAACAAGGCCAUCAUAUUAACUGGGUUUGCCACAUAAAUGCAGCAUAAUAUUAGUCCACAUUAAUCAGGUAUUUGAGCAAAUGUAGUAUUUUUACAUUUUAUGAUUAUAUUUAUAAUGUGUAUAUAGAGAUUGUAUAUGUGUGUGUACAUAUACGUAGACAUAUAUAGACAUAGACAUACAUGUGUGUGUAUAUAUGUAUGUGUGUGUAUAUAUAAUUGCAUAUCUGUGGUCAAACUAAUAUCCACUAUCCACUUGUUUGGGGAUAAUUCUGCAAUAUUUCUGUUUCUGCCAUCUUUCAGCAAGAAACGCUGAAUGAUGGGAUUUUUUUGUUUUGGUUGGUUUUUUUAAAAAUCAAAUUCUUGUUGUUUACAGCUGAAGUCAAAGUAGGUAUGAGAAGAUGUCAGUAUGCACCAGAGUGAAAAUUGGAGAGCAGGCAAAAUUGAAUCAUGUUUAAAUACAGUGGUCGAUGUUCAGCCCAAGCAAAAUUUGAACAAUUCUGUUUAAAAUCCUGAGCUAUUUUUUCAGUAGUUCAAUGCUAGGAUUGCAGAAGGCACUGGGAAUAUUCCCACUGACUUCAGUAGGAGUGGGGGCGGGCCUCCUCUUGUUCUCAUUUUUUAACAGGUUUCUUUUCCAGUUAUCAUAUUCUCUAGCCCACCUGAAUCAGAAGAGGAAUAUAAUAGAAGAGAAGCUGGAAAAAAAUAACUUUUUUAUUUAAUAUAUACCUCUAAUAAGGGAACUUCUAAAAUCAAGUAAUAAUUUUCUGAACAAAUAUGUGAGGUCCACUAAACAACACUUUGUAUCAGUGAUCUUGUCUUUAAAAAGCAAUGGGGAUUUUUUUGUUUUAUAAGAGUCAUUUGUGAAUAGAUCAUAAAGCUGAAGCAGUUGGAUGCAGCCUAGCUCAGCCUCAGCAAAACAAAACUCGCUAGUACUUUAAUAAUACCACCAUGGAAACAAGAUUCCUUCUUAAAAUGUUAUAUUAAUGAUUUUUAGACUAAUGUAAACUGAUUGCAUCAAAGACAGUCAAGCAUAGUUUUCUAUACAGUAUAAACUUCAAGAUGAUGACAACUUGUCAUUUAUUUAUCUUGCCUUAUGCUAGUUUAUCAAUUUUUUUGAAUGUUAUUUUUAAUGUUGCCUUUUAAUGUAAACACAAUUUUCAGCUUUAUUGUGAUGAAACCAUUCUUUGUGGUGUUUUAGCUUAUUGGACUUCUAAAAGAGAAGGUAAUUUCUAAAAUUUUAUGCCAUUUCUGAGGGCUUUCUCUAGUUAACCUUCUUUUUAGCCUCAGUAGUAAUCAUCCCAAAAAUAUAUUAACCAAAGAAACAGUUACUUUCCCCAUCUCAGCUGUGUUGUGGCAGGCGCUUCUCUUCUGGGCAGCAGCAUGUUGUAUUUGUUGUUGUUUUCCAAACAAGUCCCAAAUAGUAUUAAAUCUGUUGUGCAGGUGAAUUAUUUAGUAGCUGGGGGACUAGAGGAGGAAGUCAUUUUUCUGUAGCAAAAACGUGAAAGUUUUCCUAAAGCAAGAAAGCUUGGAUAGAAGACAGGAAGGUACAGAAGAAAGGAGCUUGUUUCAGGCACAGAGCAGGGAACAGGCAGAUGUGAAAAGAGGACUAGAUAAAGAUAGAGAAGAGAGAUGUCCAACAGCGUACAAAGCCUAAGAAAGGAAGUCAUGAUGAACAGACAGGACAAGAGUAUAGGAUCUUGUGAAAAUAAAUCUCUUUUCCUGUUGGUCCCAUCUCCCUGCUAGAGCAUUGUUACUAUUGCAUAUUAAACAGCUUUAUUCAGUGCAGUUUAAAAUGGGGCAAGCAACAGGGACUCUACUAGCGUUCUGAGGAGACUUCUCCACUGGUGGGACUCUACCCCUGUGUUCCUAAUGUUUCCAAUUAUAUUGGUUUUGCAAGAGCUGGAUAAAAAUGUCAAAUUUCCACUGAAGUGAAAAGGAGGCUGGAAAUUCAGAAGAAAGAUAGCAGAGAAGGUGAAGGAAUUAAUGUAGAGCCCAAGGGGAAUGUGAGGAGGAUCUGAACUGAUGAAGACUAAAACCUGACUGUUAGGAGGUAGGAGAAGAAAUCUGGAGAACAGGCAGAGGGGGGACUGAAAUCCUAAAAGUGAGGAGAGAAAACAUACACCGAGAGAGAGAAAUGAGACAUUCACAGCUGAACAGGGAGGGAAAGAAGGCAUGGUCUGUGCUUUCUUUCAUGAAGGAGCCAGAUGGAAAGGAGCUAUAAUUCAUCAGAGAAUGGAGCAAAUUAAUUCCUUGCUUGCAACUGCUUUUUCUGGUGCUGGAGAAUGUACCUCCUCCUCUCCCCCGAUUAGCUGUUCAAGAGCCAUGCACAUUUUCACAAUGCUUCUCCAAAAUUUGCUGCCAGCCCUGAGGGAAGAACCCUGUGGCUGCACGGCAAGGAGCUAAUCAUCAUACACAUCUCCAUUUCAAAUUAAAUGCUGUGGCAGAAAAGAAGUGUGGGGGAAGAGGGGCAGUAACAAAGCCUGGGGUUGUUUAUAGGUGUACUCCUGCAUGCACUUUUCUGUGGCAAAGCUAUAUUGCAUUUCUCUGAGCUUUGCUUCGCUGUUCCCUUGUGCUGAAUAUAAAAUGCCAGUGAGAGAGAAAGAAUACAAUACUGAGGAAAAAAUAUAACCGCACGAGAAAGUCAGCAGAGAGAUAGACAAGUCUGUGAGUCUGUGAAAGCACACAAUUGCACAUCCGUUCCCUUUCUGACUAGUCUUUCUGAUCUGGCUGUUUCCCCUGGGUUCACAAAUACAUGGGACAACAGUAAAGUAUGCAACUGGAUAAUAAAAUUUCCAUGGAAAGGACCAUAAGAGAACAACUGCAUUAUCACCUUGAUGUGUUUCAAGGCUGUGGCAGAUUAAAAAAAAAAAAGAAAAAAACUAAAUUAGAAACACACUUUUGCUGCUGGGUUUGCAUUCAGUUGAAGUCCCCUGUCUGUAAUCUUGGAGUCUUUUUACUUUAAAUCUCAGCAAAUCCAUUCUCAUAAACUUCAAGUAAUUUGAAUAUCUCACAUAACUAAUGAAUCUUUCUACUUUUUUUGCAGUGGAAACUGCAUAAAGUACAGGGCCUUGGUUUUCAUCUCAGUUAGGACACUUUCUUUCUUCUAUAAAUGUCAUUGACCUCACCAGGGAUGUUCCUGUCUUAUACAGAUGAGACAUGAAAAUUAAGCCUUUAUUUUUUAAUAAAGAAUUUAAAAAAUCAGAAAAGUAAGUUUUAAAUGUAAAUCCAAAACUUAUUCUCUUUUUAAUUCUCUGAUUUUACUUCUGAAGAGUUUGAGAUGCUGAUUUCUGAGAGCACAAAUACUACUCAAGUCAGUCGCUUGAAGAAUGAAAACAGAAUGCCCGGUUCAGCUUCCCGGAACAUGAGCAAAAUGCAUAUUAAAUCAUUUACCAUUAAACCAUUUCCAAAUCAGUCUUUAAAAUCUUGAGUACUGUUCUUCAUGCCUGAGUCUUUGCUCACACACAGUUUGGGAGUUAUGCCCUAGCUUUUGUACCUAUAAAAUCCCAGCUCGUACCUCCCUGACAUGCGUGUACCUAACAAAUGUUUUAUAGCUGAGCUUCAGACUGGGCCAAUGUCUUAAGACCCUCCUCACUGAAAGCCUUGGAUGUGCAAACUGACUAAGUGUCUGCAGUUGAGUACUCAUGCUGCCUUGCUCUAACCCAGAUCCAGCCGCUGGCAGAGUGCUAAAACCCUGAAGUAGACCAAAUAUAUUUGGGCUUGUAAACUGUGCGUCUGUCUCAGGCCACAUAGCCUAUACUGCGUGCAGAUAUCCAUCCUGUUCGCAGAGCAGAGCUCUUGUGCAUCUGCCCAAGCUCUUUUGCCUGCACAAGUGGACCCAGUAUUUGAUUGACCACAUUAAUGACCCUCUAGUGUUGAAGGCAAAAUCCAGCAUUCCUGUGCCCAUGUAUUAAAUUAAGAAUUCUGCACAGCCCCAAGGGCAGACUUCAGACUCAGCCUUUGGAGUGAAAGCAAGUCUAAUUUAUAAAUUGUAAUUGAUUUUGUAGCCAGACACUUUCAACAGAAUUCUCUGUGACUGCAGUACAGCGAGGUAGAAAUUUGCUGUUGUGCCACAUGUCCAUUAAUAGCCCUUUCUCUGGUUUGAACUAGCAAUUAAGAUUGUAUUACAUACUAUUUAUAUGUGACCUCUUUGGAAAUCCCUGUAUGAAAAGCAUGUUCUAUGCACACACAUUACAAAAAUCAUAUCCUCCUAAGCACAGAAGCUUCAGAGCAAUCAUAAUAAACACUAGUUUAUUUAUUCUGGCUGAGACACUUACUAAACUCAAACAUUUGGGGCUGAAAAGAAAGCUACUAAACUAACUGAUAAAAACAUCUAAUGAUAACUGAAUAAUUUACAGAGCUGCUAGAAUCACGCUCCAUUUCUCCUUAAUCCUGUUCAUUGCAAUAGUCAAAGACCCAAGAAAGAAUAAAUGUCUUCUGGAAAUGGCCAUCAUUAGAUGUGCAGAUUGCAAUCGCUGCAUAUCCAAACAAGUGGUGUGUUCUGUAUAGUUGCUGUAGGACCUUAGAAGUUUGCUCAGUCUAAUCUCUUCUUUAAUAUUAAAUAAGAAACGUUUUACUCUGAUGCGUGCAUACAGAUCUCGUUAGCACUAAUGAGAUUUGAAGAGUGAGUUUAUAUACAGGAAUUCUUUUAAAUUUUGUCAAUGAGAUAAUACAUUUUUCUCUUUCCUCAAGCAAAAAUAAAAAUCUGUAUAGCAGAAAUUCCCAGAGAAAACAAAACCUUUGGGAAGAACUAAAGAUUAGAGAUUGAAAAUUAGAGAUUGAAAUUUAUUUAUUAUCCAUCCUAGUAAAGUGGAGAAGUAGUUUUGCCUUUCAAGAAAUACUGGUAUAAAUACCCCAAUAAUCAUACCUUUGCUAGGCAUCAUUCAUGUCUUUUCAGGUCAUAGAUUAUGUACCCAAAUGGCUAAAAUAACUGAUUUGGAAACUUUAUUAUCCAUUGGUAGUAUCAGUUGCUAGCUUGCAGCUGAAAACACGUUUGCCCAAUGAACUACAUCAACUCCUUCCAGAGUCGCCAGGAGCUGUCAAGGAUAUUCUUAGUAGUUCGCAGAUCAUUGACCUGCUAUGAGCCAUUACAAGUCUAUUGCAUUAAUCUAGCUGUCAGCUGCUGGCAACUCUCAGAAACCAGUUUAUUAAAAUACUAAAGAUAACAUUGUCAGUACAGAAAUCAUGAUUCAUUCAUAAACCAAUCUUAUUACUUUGUCAUGUUUAAAUAUAAUAAUAAAUGGGUUAUGCUGGGUUAUAAUCAGAUUAGUCGUAAGUGUUGGGUAACUCUGUUGCAUGUUUUAGUCCCAAGACUUUCUGACUUGCAAAUAUGUUUAAGAAUUGUGAGUUCAUUUUGGACUUGCUCAGAGGUAAAACAAAGCAAAGCUAAGAAUCUUGAAUAUAGCAUUUUCCAAAAAAGUAUAAAAUGGAAUGGAAUAACCUGUCAUACAGUUGAAUUUUUUUGAUUAUCUUUGGUCUAUCCAGUUUAAAAAGUGCCCAAGAGAGCUAUAGAUUUAGGAGGGAAAAAAAAAAAAAAAAAGAAAAGAUUGUGUCAGAAAUACUCCAAUUAAAGCAGUAGCCUAAAUGGCAUCAUUGUCACCCAACAUUUUUAGCACUUGCCAGGGUUGAAAUAGUUAUAGUUGUGGGCUAUCCAUUCUCCUAUUAAAUCAUGAGCAAGACUGAGCUGCACUGCUGAAGGUACUACAUCCCAGUGGAGGUAGCAGGAGACAUUUAAGUUUUCAAAAGGCAACUUGGUUUCUUGAUGCAGGAGAUAAACCUGUAGGUUUGACCACCAUCCUCCCUGAGCAGCCAUCCUGACAUGAUGAAAGCAACCUGAGGUCAAUGGCACAGGACACAGGGCUUGCCAAUCUGCUCUAUCAGGCAAAAAUUUGACAGUGGCUAUCAGCAUUGUCCAGUUUCACCUCUCUCUGGCUGUGGAAAGAGACUCUCUUCAGGGUGAUUGACUCCAGAUGAGAUUUGAAGCUUGGAGGUGCUUUUUCCUCUCCAUCAAAUAUAGAGGAAACCACUAGGUUAAGCCCUCCAGAGACAGAUAAAACACAGGUAGUAGCUGCUGAUGCCCCAGGAGAAGUUGCAGGAAAUGCUGUUGUAGAUGGAAAGAUAAUCAUGGGGGUCUCUGUUUAAUCCCUAGGAAUUAGAGGCUCAUUGUAGAACUGAAGUAAGAUUUUUUUCUGUUCCUUUCCAAGUAAAAGCUAGGUUUGACCAUUAGCCUUCUGGAUAUUUGGAGGUGAUCCUAUUCAGUGCCUUACUGAACACUUUUAGCUUUCUGGCUUCAGUGCUUUUCAUAGCAAUAAGUUCCACAUCCUACCUAUGAGUUGUUUGAAAAACUUACUCCGUUGAAUUGUUUCUGAAAUAGAAACCUUUUGUUUGGAGGAGGGGAGAGAGUUGUUUGGUUUUGCUUCUCUCGGCCUCUGCGCGUUGAAUCCAAGGAAACAGAAAGUGCAGCGUUACCUCUCCAGAGCAUUCAUUGUCUUUCCUUCUUCUAUCACGUGUUCUCUGCUUUGUCUCCCUCCUAUGGGAAACAAUUACAUCCUUUCUGCUUCUUUUCAUAAGAGUACUGUUCUGUGUUCUGGAUCAUUCCUGUCCCCUUUCUCUAAGCUGUUUCCAGUGCUAUUCCUUCCUCCACAAGUAAAGCAAAAAAUCUGGUCCUGUUUUAACAAAUUGAAACAUCUAUCAGCUGCCCAGCCACUUUGCUCCAUGUUAUUACAGCUCCAUCUCCUUCAGCUUCUCCCUCUGUGCCCUGGUGUCCAUCCCUGCCACAGCUGUUGGACUUCUCAGUCCCAAAGGCCAAAUGCUCCCCUUUUCCCGUCCUUCCUGCCAAGGGUUGUUUAGUGUCUCAUCCUCGUGCCUACACCCAGCACAGUCCAGUUUCAGCCUGCCCCUUCAGUCUUGUGUCUUAGCCUCUUCACAACAGAGCCCUGCACACAGAAUCGUUCCCUCCUUUCUGUACCUUCACCCACCCUUGCCUUCUUAGGCAGUCAUGGAAUUAGUAAGGCUCAACACAUAGGACAGAAUAUUGGUCCCAGCAUGACCAGCCCGAAUCAUUCCUCAUUGCAAUUCCUCCUGCAGAUGCUCUGCUCCAGUACCUGUUCUUCUCUACUUAUGUCAGAGCAACCUUGGUAGCUGUCUGAGGGUACUCUGGCCCUUGAUAGCCAUCUCUCACGAGUCUCCUGGCUGAGGCUUGCCCUUAUCUGUCUUCUGCAUCAGCUCAGGCCUGUUCUUAAUAUUCACAUCUGCAGGUCAGAGCGCAAGGGUGUCACUUAACAAUUUAUUGGUAGUGAAAGCCUUGCCAUUGGCAUUGUUCGUAGCCUGCCCAGAUUCUUUCUCUUGUUCCCUCUAAGCAGGUUUUGAUGGGUAAUCCAAUUACAACGUACAGAAAAUUGCCCCUUAAUCAGAGCAGAGGGCCAGUGUUCCAGCUGCAGCACUAUUACCCUCGCCUUGUCGCUGCCUGCAUAAGCACUACCAUGUGCUCCCCAGCCCUGGGCUGUGCAUUGAGCAGUGUAUGCCCUUGAGCUGCCAGGAAUGUUUGAAUAUUGCUGUUAUACAUCAUAAUAAGCCAAAUUCUUUUUUUUUUUGAACUGGAAAAAGGAAAGUAAGAAAAGAAAAUGGUCACUUUUAAGCACUGAUUUCACAACUCAUUUAUCAAGCUCUUUACCAAAGCAUUUAUUUUAGCUCCUUUUUUUCCACUCAAAAGCUGUAUGUUAAGAAAGGAGAGGUGAAUUUAAGAGGCUGGAAGCUGGAGGCAGGCUGUGGUGCCACCCACCGCUAUCAGCUCUUUGCCUUGAGGUCUCCAGCUAGAAUUCAAGAUCUGUUAUUUUUCCUAAUGUAUCCCCCACCUUCAAAAUUAACCUGUUUCUUUUGUCAAAUCCAAUACGCAUUGAACACCACAGACUUGGUUUCAUUGCAGAUAUGAAUGCCUCUGUACAGUACUUUCCAUUGCUAUGAUAUAUAUGUAUAUAUGUAUGUGUGUGUAAUGGGGAGUGUUAUUCUUCUGCUUAAAGAUAGGUGACAUUCCACAUCAAUGUAACUUUCAAGUGCAGCUUUUAAAGGAAAGUGUGUCUGGAAGGGAAGCUGGGAGAGUUUAGAGGUAUGUGUUUUAAUGACCUUUAAUGAGCUUUAAUAAGCUUUGAGUUAGGGCCUCAUCCUCUGAGGUGGAAAGCACCCAAGAUGAUUUUCCCAUCACCUUCUCAGAUCAGUCCCUGUAAAAGUUUUUAACCUGAUAAUCACAAAUUGAGCACUGGCUAUUUCUGAAGGUAUUUGGAUGUUACAUGUACUAAACAUAUGUCAGCUCUCCAAGUACCAACUUCCAUUUUGUGCAUGCGCUUGACUGCAAGUCAAAAAACACAUCUUUGACUUGCUCUGAGGCCCUGACUGUCUUUUUUGUCUCGAUGGACAUACUGCUUUUGAUCAGUCUCAUUCUUUCCAUUUUUUCCCUUCCUUUUAAUUUGUGCUUACUCAGUUUAUCAGGUGAUUCCAGGAGAGCAUAUUCCACCUGCUCAGCCUCAGAGUCACCUUUCUGGCAGUUUACCUUCUUCUCAUGCGUUUACUUGGGGGUACUGGACCACUGUGAAACAGUUACACAAGCAAUAACAUGGGUGUUGCAUUUUUCCGUCAUUACGUUUUGUGAGAUGCAGCACUGCAUUGACAUUGGAAAGUGGUGGGAGACCUGGAAGCUGCAUUAUUAUUUUCUAGAACUUAAGCAAUGUAUGGUGCUUCUGCAGAGGACCUGUCCUCACUUCUCAGAGCAGCUGGCUGGGUUGGGCCCAACUUCAUUAACAAGGCUGGAUUAUAAAUAAUCUUGGAUUCACUUCGCCAACACUCUGUCAGUCUUGCUUCCAUCAGUUUUUGUGCUUUUUUUUAGCUAGAAGAAAGUUUAAGGAGUUGUGCUAUGAGCCCCUUGAAGGGUACAUAAAUAUCCCGUAAACUUCACAAAAAUUAAAAUCAACUCUCACAUUGAACAGAAUUAAUAAGUUCUAAUUAACUUAUUAAAAAGUUAAUAAGAACAGCCUGGAGUGAAGUUUUCUGUAAUCAAACCCUUGUCUGUUUUUAGUUUAAAAAUCACCACAUAUCAAGAUAUAUUUUGCCGCCUUCUGUUAGAAAUGGACUGGUAACUAAAACGUGAAUCCUCCAGAACGGGAGGUUUGUCGAUGUGGAUCUAAAUUUCACCAGUAUGUCCCAGUCUGUCUCACUGCUUCUGAGCGCUAGGGAAACCUGAGGCCAUUCACAAUGCAAACUCUUCUUGUGAACGGUUUUAAAAUUCCCUAGAGCUCCUGCCCACUUGCACGUUUGCAGUGGGGAGGAUCAGAAAACUUCAUGCGAACCCUGUGGAUUCUGCGCUUUGGAAACGCCGGCUUGAAUUCAGGUCCCCAUCUCUGUUUCUUGUUAAUAUUCAAGUAGAACAAAAAUGUUAGCAGCAAUUACAGCAUGAACAUCGCUUGUUUAUGUAUAGUAGCUGAUAGCAGAGUCUGUAAUAAUAAUCUAUGUUUAUACAUGUGCUGUUCAGUGUAGCAGUUGGGUACAAAAUACUUUUUAGUUUCACAAGAAAAUAACUGGACUGAUGUCACUGUUUGCUUGUAUGAGCAUAAUUAUUUGCAUUGCAGGGACCAGUUCCACUUUUGUCAUGUUAUUUAUGCUUUUUAAAUACAUUUGUGAUAAAUUAGGCUCAUUUCUAAGGUAAACAAUACUGGAGCCAAACAGCUGUCUCUGUACAUGUGCAUGUUAUCACAGCUGAUAGCAAGUCUAAGUCAGACUCCUUGUCUUGCUUGGACCUUUCCUUAACCUUUUUGGCUUGAUUCAGGGAAAUGUGGACCAGUCUAUUUUCCUAUUAAAAAUGUGGUUUUUUGAAAAGCUAAACUUAUUUUUUAGAUCCUUUCUUUUUACAACUAUUGAUGCAGAAAGACUGUACCAAUCCUAUUUUUCUAAACUGCCUCUUGCUUUGUGUUGCGAAAUAAUAUAUAGAUAUAUAUUUUAUUCUACAAAAUUCCAUGUAGUUUUGAAACUCUCUGUUUUCCUGUAUGUCCUCCUAUAUGCCAGAAUUAGCUAAAGAUGCUGUAAGCUUCUGUAUAUUGACUGUCUAUGAAAAUGUAUAAAAAUGUAACUGCAUAAGAAGACUAACUUUAUUUUUUAUUUAAAUGUACUGGAGCUAAGUCAUCCUUAGUGUUACUCUACACUAUAUAUAAAGAAAGAAAUCAGGUCAUUUUUUGAGAAGUCUGGACCUUGUUAUGUAACACUUCCUAAAAAGUCUUGACUGAAAGUCAUGAGAAUUACCCGAGGAAUGGUGCCAUUUCGGAGCCUGAUUUUGUAGUUUAUUCACACUGUUUAGGACCUUAUUUCACAAGUACUCCCCUGAAAUUUCACUGGAAAUGUUACAAAUAAGAGCCUAUGAUGUGUGAAUAGCCAGGCAGAAUAAAACCCUUUUCUAAUGAAGAACAGAACCUUUUAACUAGAGAAGAGGUUAUGUUUUGAAUAUUUUAUGACAAUGUUUUAGUUCUCUGCUGUGGAUGCCUCCUGAUAUUCUGGAUUUAUUCCAUAGCUGGAAUGCCAGAUUAAAUCAAUUGAAGCCCCAUGCACAGAUGAAUGUAAUAGAAAUCUGCAGUAAAAUAUUGCAGAAAAUGGCCUGAUUUCCUUCUUCAAAAUAAUAGUUUGUGUUUAAAGGCACUCACAGCCUUGGCUUCUGUGCACCUUUGAAAUAGAGGCCAUUGCUUUGUACCUUGAUCAUGGUGUAAUAUGGAAGGACUUUUGAUGACUGCCUGGAAGAGAAUAGUAUUUUCUCAAAUAAAAGAAUCAGAUUCUGCAAAAUUAUUCUGGGAGCUAAGGGCAGUUGGGACCUUCUGGGAUCAGGCCACAUUAUUCUGAAAGUUUAUCCCUUGAUGACAAAUAAAAUAUGAUGUGGCUUUGCAGGUAGGAUAAAGAGACUGGAAAUACAUCAUCCCAAGCCCUAGCUUGUGACUGUUCUGUGAUGCUUUACUGUUACGCCUGAGCUAUGCUGAAUCAGAUUAUAAAAUCAGAGUACUUUAUUGCAUGUGUCCUUUUUUGUAAUGAAAAAAUAAUUGUAUUUGACAUUGCAGUUACGAUGCAGUAAAUAAACACGUAUAUAUUUCUUUUUAA